AUGAAGAAGGCUAUUUCUGCUGUAUUUGUUGACACGAGGCAUCGGUUAUGCAUGUGGCAUGUGAUGCAUAAACUUUCUCUGAAGGUUGGUGUUAGGCUAUGCAAUUCCACCAAUUUCAAAGAACGUAUUUGUGAUGUUGUAUGGACGGAUAUUCUCACACCUGAAGAGUUUGAAUCAGAAUGGGAAGUGGUUAUCAGAGAGUUCAAUUUAGCAGAUAAUGACUGGCUAUCUGAUAUUUUUGCACUCAGGGAAUCUUGGAUCCGUGCAUACUAUAGAAUGGAAGAGAUGUCGGGUCUUAUGCGAACAACAUCGAGGUCGGAGAAAGCACAUCGUCACACGCACCGGAAAAAUGAUCAUGAAUCUCGAUACAAACGACCCCAGUUGAAGAGUAAUUACCAAUUGUUGGAAGGCCAAGCUGUUGACAUAUACACAAAGAGUAUUUUUUGUGACGUUAAAGUUGAGCUAAUUGGAAUUGCGGAUUGCAUAAAUCAACGUUACGAAGAUCAGCCUGAUGGGUUUGUUAAGUUUUACAUAAAUGACUUCCAGCAGCCUUACAAACAUUCUCUGCAUGGCAUUAUAGAGAUAUUAUUUUUGGCGUUUUUUCAGGUAAUGUACCGUAAAUCUGAUUGCACAUGCAGUUGCUCAUGCAGGCGUUUUGAGCGGGUUGGUUUGCUAUGUAGACAUAUAUUCUAUGUUUUGAGAAUUAUGGACAUUAGGGAAUUUCCAAAACAAUACAUUUUGAAUAGAUGGCGCAAAGAGGCUUCCCCAAACUGCUCUCCCGAAUACUCAAUUAGUUGUGAAUAUAUGACCGAGCUUGAACCCGAUGUGCAAAGUAUGAUGCGAGAUAUUAUUUUUUCAACGGAAUGUUCUUUGAACCGUUUAUCUGGUAAUAAAGAGGAGUUAUCCUUAUACAAGGAUCAUGUUCAAUCUUAUAUGAAGAAGGUUCAAGAUAUGCAGAUUGUUGCUCCUCCCGCUAGUACUAGGGAUAGAUUUGCCGAGAUAACCGGUCAAUAUAAAAACGACAAGAAUCCGAUAAGAGUCCCUGUUGGGUAUAAAUCCAAAGGUUCUGGUUCUCGGAAGCGCCUGAAAUCUAAACAGGAGAUAGCAAUCGAGAAAAAGAAAUCAAAGUUGAAACCCGGGGCCAAAGAAAGACAGUGUUAG